AUGUCUGAAUACCAAUUCCUACAAGAUGCGACGCUGGAUACGGUCAUCCCGCACGCUUCAGACCUGAAUAUAGAAGAGCUGCUGGGGUCUAUACAGGAGAGUUCUGGGGAUCCAGGCACAUAUCUGUCAAAAAUUCAACAACGUCAACUGCUGUUUUUCGAUGAACAUAUUACACUUUACCUAGUGCUUUGCCUGUCUGAUUUCCCAAAUGACAGUCUAGAGGCUUGCAUAUCAAACCUCAGUGUACGUUUUGAAGUCUUCGCUAUUGAUGAAGGAGGUUCGAGUGAGUCAGGAGAAGAGGAACAGAGCUCAAAGGAUUUAAUAUAUUCCCAAACCGUGGAUAGGAAAGAUGACCCAUUCGUCAUUGUUGAUGAAGCUGUCGAGGAUGGAGGGGAUGGAAACCAUGCAUAUGUGAUAUGGAAAUCAGAAGCAUUCCUUUGUCAUCCUCAGGGCUCACAGACCUUGGCCAGCAAUGAUCAAUAUCUACCUCGACUCACGCCAGCAUCUACAAAUAUAUUUCAACCCUUGACCGCUACCGGAGAGGAUAUAGAUCCGUACCUUCCUGCCUCUCGGAUAUUACGGCUUGUCCCCUCUACCCAGCCCGAAGGGUCAAUGUAUAACAUCCAGCAGACGUCGUAUCACCCCAUUCGCAUUAUCCCGGCUGCAAGUGCUAGGAUUAGAUAUUCCCGAUCGACCACCGUUUUGAAAAAGUUGUCAACAACUGCUAGCCUCGACUUUGAGGCAACUCCCUUUACCAGCUAUGAAAUUGUCUUGGAGGAGGCUAAUUUAUCCCUAACUAAUGGAACCGUGGAACCCCUGGCCCAAGCAAUUGGCUUCUCACCCCCUAUCAGCUGUCCAGCACGGGAUGAUAUCUCAUUGGUCUAUAAACUCAUAUCCUCAGAUUUUGCCGAUGGCGCACCAGUGACAUCUAUGCUUGACAUCUCGCUCAAAGUUACUGUGCUAGUCUCGGACGAAUGUCGUCCAAAGAUCUCAAUGCGCUGGAGGACAAGCGUCGACUUCUCCAGGCCUACAAACCAGUCCCUGGGAGGCGUUAGUAAUACGUUGCGACGAAGCGUAAUAUCCCGGGGGAGCGACCAGUCAACGCAAGAACCAACUACGCCGCAGGUCACCUCUUUUGCUCCAACAGACCAUGGAGUGAAGAUAUCAUUCUUCGGUCCUCCUAGCGUCGAGGUUGGCAAGCCAUUUGACUGGGACGUUUUUAUUGUAAACACGUCGACGAAGGCAAGGAAAUUCGGCCUUUCUGCCGUCCCGUUUCGAAGACGUUCAGACGCGCGAACACAUGUUCCCCGGCCGUCUUCGUCUUCCUCCAUAAAGAGGGCAGAUGAAGUUGCGGAGGCCGUUGUUGACGAAAACAUUGUCUAUGCAAUGCAACAAAAUGCGGCCCCUCACGAGACUGAUCUUCUUUGCCUCAGCACUGAUUCAAAAAUAGGGUAA